AUGAUGCCUGGAGGAAAGCAACCAUUGACGGAGGUUGAUUUGGAAUCAGAAUUGUUCCAGGGAUUUGUAGGCCAAGCCGAAAUCAAAUGUAACCAAGCAGUAAACAGUGUAUCCUGGUUUGUUCGGGAAGGCCCAAUCAAUGGGACAAAACAGGUUGUUUCCGGCAUCAAAUACGAAUUUAACUUUCUACAACAAGAGUCAGACUGCAAAAAAGAAGCGAAACUUGCUGGGGAUAAUGAGACAUCAUGCGAAAUAAAGGAAAACGGACUGGAACACUUGUGUAGCGCACAUGUGUUAUAUGCGCCCCAUGCUGGUCCAACAGUUGUCGAGGUGGAAGUGGCCGAUGUUUCUGAAGGUGAUGCUAACCAGGAGGGUGAGAAGAAAGUCCUGGAAUCUGUGGAGGCGGUGCUUGCAAUGUUGGAUGCAUUCUUCGAAUCAAGUACCGUCUACUUCACCAGAGACCCGUUUCCUGAUCGUCUCAUUGAGAACUCAUUGACUCCGGCCGAUUCACGCUGUUUUUACCAUUGA